UGUGGUGACGUCACAGUUGAUGACGUCGGCACAACAACAUGGCGGCAACAAGAGACCAUGAUAUAUCGCUGUGGCUCCAUAAUAAGCUUGGCACCUCGGCUGAUACGUGGUCGGAGGGGUCAAUUUGUGCCCAAUUAAACGUUGAAGUGCUGCGGAACAUCAAGGAAUGCUUCGUGGAGCUUCAAACACAAGUGAAGCUUAAGCUGUUACUGUCUUUUUUCCAUAUACCGAAGAGGAAUGUCGAGGAGUGGCGGCCGGAGCUGGAGGAGAUCCUGGAGGUGGCGGUGGUGGACAGUGAGCCUUGGGUGGCCAUGCUGGCGGAAAUUAUGAGAACGUGUCCCUCCACAGGCAACCUCAAUCUGGAGAUUAGGGAGCCACCAGAGAAUCAGCGUAUCACUCAUGACCUCAUCACGGAGCUGCGGAAAUUGGUCAAAAAACACUGCGAGCUCGGUCUGUUGCCUAUGGAGUGUAAUUAUCUAAACAGGAAUGCGUUUUUGGCUGCUGCAGGAAGCCAGGCUCCACUCACCAAGCACUUCGCACUCAAACGGAAGCCUAAAGCAGCUGCCCUGCGCGCUGAGUUGCUGAACCGAUCGGCUGAUGCACAGGCCAAUGUGAAAAAGAGCCAGCUUCCGACCGUCCCUGUGCGGUCUAGAGGCAUUCCCAGGAAGAUGAAUGAUACUACUCCUCUGAAGGGUAUUCCGAGUCGUCUGCCUGGGUCUGGGCUGAGGGGGUCUGGCCUGGGCUCCACCCCUCUCUCCCGACCCCUACCUCGGUCCUCCCUCACUCGAAAAGAUGGAGGGAUUAAACUGGUGGAGGUGAUGGAGACGCCGAUAAGUGGACAGUCAAAAAAACGCAGAAAAGCCCAGGAAGCGAGCGAAAACAAAGCAGCGGAGGAGGAAAAGCGACGCGAACAGCAACAACAGCAGCAGCAACAGCAACAGCAGACCGUGGUGGUGGUGGGGGGUGCUGUGGAGGGGGCAGGGGCUACAAUUGGGGGCAAGACAGCCAGCCAAGCCGCCCACAGCACCACCACCACCACCACUACUGCCACCCCGGACUAUGCAGCUGGUUUGGCCUCCAACCCCCCCACCCCAGGGACGCCAGCCACCCCUACCACACCCCUCCUCUCCGCCACCCCUGGCCCGGCCGUUACCACCAUUCAUACAAACGCAGUUGUGGGCACCAUCACUACACCACGGUCCACCACCACCGCCACCAGCCGCACCACCACCACCACUACUCUCCCCACCACACAGCGCAUCAUUGUCACCCCCACCACGCAGACACCCUCCCCCACCCUGGUCUACCGCACUGUCACCCCCGUGUUUGCCUCAGAGGUGGUGCCCCCACCCUCCCCUAUCCCGGUCACCUCCUCUGUGUCUGACCCGCACCCCACAGCCGGCCAACCACAGUACGCCACACUGCAGCCAGUCCAACCAGAGCUCGUCUACACCACAACACCACUCCCAGCCGCAGCCACCAUCACCACCAGCCAGCCCAGCACUCCACAGCCUUCACAGCCACAGCAAUUGCCACAGCAGGUCAUCACAGUCACCCCUGCACAGCCUGAGACACAGCAGGGCCCCGUGAACCAGCCCAGCGCAUCACAGCAGCCACAGACGCAGCAGCAGCAACAGAAACGUGGCUUGUCCUUGACGAGGGAGCAGAUGUUGGAGGCCCAGGAGAUGUUCCGAACUAGCAACAAAGUCACUCGCCCAGAGAAAGCCUUGAUUCUGGGCUUCAUGGCUGGUUCCAGAGAGAAUCCCUGUCCACACCUGGGGAACAUCGUAACCAUCAAGCUGAGCGAGGGAGAGGAGACAGUGGCCCAGCCUGACGGACCAAUGAUCACCAUGCUGGCCGAGACUCACUUCCAGAUGAACUACAACACCGGAGAGUGGAAGAGGAUUAAAAAAUAUCGCCCGCUCCCCUCCGAGUAAUUUGGGGUGUGUUUGGUGGUGUGUGGAGGUGUGUGGUGGUGUGUGGGGGUGUGUGUGUGGCCGAGACACUUCCAAAUGAACUACAAAGGAGAAGAGGAUUAAAAAAUAUCGUCCACUGCCCUCUGAUUAAUUUGGGGUGUGUUUGGUGGUGUGUUGUGGUGUGUGGUGUGUGGUGGUGUGUGUGUGGCUGAGACACUUCCAAAUGAACUACGAACUGGAAGAAGAUUAAAAAAUAUCGUCCACUGCCCUUCGAGUAAUUUGGGGUGUGUUUGGUGGUGUGUGGAGGUGUGUGGUGGUGUGUGUGUGGCUGAGACACUUCCAAAUGAACUACAAAGGAGAAGAGGAUUAAAAAAUAUCGUCCACUGGCCUCUGAGUAAUUUGGGGUGUGUUUGGUGGUGUGUGGUGGUGUGUGUGUGGCUGAGACACUUCCAAAUGAACUACAAAGGAGAAGAGGAUUAAAAAAUAUCGUCCACUGGCCUCUGAGUAAUUUGGGGUGUGUUUGGUGGUGUGUGGUGGAGUGUGGUGGUGUGUGUGUGGCUGAGACACUUCCAAAUGAACUACAAAGUGGAAGAGGAUUAAAAAAUAUCGUCCACUGCCCUCUGAGUAAUUUGGGGUGUGUUUGGUGGUGUGUGCGGGUGUUUGGUGGUGUGUGGUGGUGUGUGGAGGUGUGUGUGUGGCGAGACACUUCCAAAUGAACUACGAACUGGAAGAAGAUUAAAAAAUAUCGUCCACUGCCCUUCGAGUAAUUUGGGGUGUGUUUGGUGGUGUGUGGUGGUGUGUGGUGGUGUGUGUGUGGCCGAGACACUUCCAAAUGAACUACGAAC